UGUCAUUUGAUGUAUUUCGUUUGAUCUUGCGAAUGCUAAUGCAGGUUGAUUGUUUCGCAAAGAAUCGAAGUAAAUCUGAUAAAAAUAUUCGGUUGCCGGUCUUUGCCGUCAAAUUAACACAGCAAAGCAUAACAGAAUUACCGAAAACAAAUUUUAGGAUAAAUAACCAGAUAUGUCCAAGCACAAAUCUGGUGAGGAAUGGGAAGAAAUUGUCCGUGGUAUCGAGGACGACGGUAAAGAUGGAAUCGAUACCUUGGAAGAUUUGGAAGAAAAGAUGCGAAAAACUCCAAAGGGAAUGUUUGUUAGCGGCUGGGAUGAUCCAGACGAUCUUAUCGAAGAGGACAAAAAUCCGGAAGCUUCACUUGAGCGAUUAUUUCUGUGGGCCGCUGGUGAGAAUAAGUUAGAUGUGGUGGAAGAAGUAAUUAAUAAAAAGCCAACGGUGAUCACUGCAAUUGAUAGUGAUGGUUACACGGCUUUGCAUAAAGCAUGUUAUAACAACAAUCAAGCUAUGGCCGAACUGUUACUCGCACAUGGAGCCGAUCCGAACGCCCGUACUGAGCUCGGUUGGACACCACUUCAUUCGGCUUGUAAAUGGAACAACGCAGGGUGCGCCGCGCUACUACUACAACAUGGUGCUGACAUAAAUGCUGUUUCGCAGGGAGAUCAAACGCCUUUGCACGUUACCGCCACGGUAUCUAACAGCAGAAACACUUUAAUUACAUUACUUAUGGACGAAAGAAUCAAGCCGGAUUUGAAAAAUAAUUCCAAUGAAACCGCUGCCGAUAUCGCCAGGAGAAGUGGGGACAUGCUUCCAUUGUUCAAGAUGGCUCAGUCGGCGUUAACGGUAGAAACAGGGAUUUUAGACUAAUUAAUACGUUUUUAAAAUUACGCUUUAAAUAUUUGGUGGCAGUAUGAGU